UUAAUGUUUAAUGGUGGACCUACCGCCCGGCCUGCCACCUGAACGACCACACGAUCACAAAAUUGAGUUGGAACCUGGCGCGCAACCGAUUGUCCGAUCGCAAUGGAGGCUGAGUCAGCCGGAGCUGAUGGAGUUGCGUACACAAGUGGAUUAUUUCAUGGAGAAAAAAAUUAUAUGCCCAUCCACGUUACCCUACGCCACGCCAAUUAUCUUCACCCCAAAGAAGGACGGAGGCCUACGGAUGUGUACCAAUUAUCGAGCGCUCAACAACAUCACCAUCAAGUCCCGUUACCUGAUUCCGCGAGCCGACGAUCUCAUCGACCAACUUCGCGGGGCCAGGAUUUUUUCCAAGAUCGAUCUAUGUGAAGGUUACCACCAGAUUCAUCGACACUAUUCGCAACUGGGAGCCGCCUACGAACAUCAAGGAUUUGCAGAGUGUUAUGGGGUUCGUCAACUACGUGCGCCGCUUUAUACAGUAACUAAAAUGGCGGAGUCAACAGCCCCCUUAACCAACUUGCUGCAGAAGGGAGUUUUUUAUGAGUGGGGGGAGAGGUACCAAGCUGCGUUUGACCAACUGAAAACUUUCCUCAUGACACCACCCGUUCUUCGUAUCGACGAUCUUGACCGCCCAUACGAACUGGUUACGCACGCCAGUGACAUCAUUGUUGGCGCGGUACUGCUACAGGACUUUGGCGAAGGCCUGCAGCCAAUCGCCUACGACUCGCAGAAACUCCAAGGCGCUGAACGCAAUUACCCGAUUCACGACAAGGAAAUGCUCGCGAUUGUCAAUGCUUUCAAGACCUGGUGCUGCUACCUAUCCGGUGCCGACGUUACUGUCCGAACAGACCACAAGUCCCGACAGUUCCUCCGAGCCCAACUGACCCUUAAUCCACGACAGAUUUGUUGGCUCGAAUAUCUUGAGUCCAACUUCCACUAUCUUAUCACCUACAAGAAGGGGGAAAAUAAUAUUGUCGAUGCCCUUUCCCGCCCUACUGCCCAUACAGCCGCUGUACUAAUCGCCCAAACUAAUAUGCUGCUAACUGGAUUGUUUACCCACGGCUACAAUACGGAUCCUCUCUUCACCUCUAACGACCACCAGGCCCAGACCACUCAAUGAGGCCACUACCACCUAAAAGUUG